AUGUCGACGAUACGGGAGAAUGCCGAAGAUAGUCCCGUCAACACGGGCGGGGAUGCAAGGGGCAAUUCGAGCGACACUUCAUCCGACAAUAUCCUUCUGGAAAAGCUAGGAUAUAAACCAGUCCUACAACGUAGCUUCAAUCAAUUCCACAAUUUCGCCACCACAUUCGCUGCCCUUUACUUCAUCGGAGGCGUGCGCGUUACUUUCUCAACCGGCAUCGCAGCAGGUGGAAAUCUAGCCUACUGGACGAGUUACAUCGUAACAUGUGUCUUCACGUUCAUAACCGCCGCAGUCAUUGCCGAGAUCUGCUCUUCCCUGCCUUUAGCUGGGUCCAUUUACCUCUGGGCUGCUGAAGCGGGCGGUCCUCACUUUGGGAGGUUGUUUGGGUUCGUUGUUGCUUGGUGGUCUACUACUGCUUGGACGACCUUUUGCGCCAGCAACACGCAAGCUGCUGUGAACUACAUGCUCUCGGAAAUCGUCGUAUUCAACACAGACUUUCCCUCCGACUCAUCAAGCGUCAAGUUUCGAGCCGUGCAAUGGAUCCUGACAGAGAUAAUGCUCGCGUUAGCCUGCAUCUGGAACCUCCUUCCCCCUCGGUACUUCAAGUGGAUCUUCGCGCUGUCUAGCAGCAUUGUCGUUCUCGACUUUCUCCUCAACCUAAUCUGGCUCCCUAUCGCCACAAGCAACACUCUUGGCUUUCGUUCAACACACGAUGCUUUCAUGACGACGUAUAACGGCACUGGGGCCCCGCCUGGUUGGAAUUGGUGUCUUUCAUACCUUGCUACUGCUGGCGUCUUGAUAGGUUUUGAUGCUUCAGGUCAUGUAGCUGAAGAGACUAAGAACGCUUCUGUUGCAGCGGCCAGGGGCAUUUUCUGGAGUACUGUUGUUAGUGGGAUCGGCGGUUUUGCAGUGGUUAUUCUCUUCUUGUUCUGUGUGCCAGAUGCGAAUACGCUCUUCUCUUAUGGCGGUCCUCAGCCUUUUGUGUCAGUAUAUGCUGCCAUCCUCGGGGAGGGUGGACACAUAGUAAUGAACAUUGUGUGCAUACUGGCACUUUGGUUCAACACCGCAAUCGCAGUUACUGCAGCUUCUCGAUUGGUAUUUGCCGUGGCAAGAGAUGGAGUUCUGCCUUGGUCUAGCUGGGUCUCCAAAGUAGAAGCAGGACAGCCUCGCAACGCUGUCUACGUCGUCUGGGGCGUCGCUUCAGUCAUAACCUGCACCAUCCUCCCAUCGGCGGUAGCAUUCACCUCCCUUGUAUCCGCCGCCGGCGUACCCUCAGCAGCUGCAUACGGUCUCAUCUCCCUUGCCCGACUCUUUCUAACACCAAAGAACUUCCCGAAGCCAGCAUGGAGUUUAGGGCGCCUCAGCAAACCUUUUCAAGUCAUUGCAGUCUUUUGGAAUGGCUGGGUGGUUGCCGUCUUGUACUCGCCGUAUGUCUUCCCAGUCACGGCUGAGUCGCUAAACUACGCACCCAUCAUAAUGGCGGGCACUACGAUCCUGGCCUUGUUGACUUGGUGGUUUACUCCAGCGGAUAAGUGGUUGCCCAGCCAGAGAAUACAGCAGACUUUGGAUGCUGAUACGAGGUAAGGCGCGCGAUGCAAAGAAUUAGCUGCCAAGUCUAUCGACUCAAAACAACGCUCUCAAAGACACACUUCUGGCAGUAUACCAUACUUAGGAGUAAGGGGAUAUUCUCGGUAGUAGGCCAUUAAGGGAACUGAUUUGCAGAGACUCCCAGUCAUGGAGAGGCCCUUCAUAGGUAUCUAGAAGUGGCCAAGUAUCCGGCGCGGC